AUGAAUUUGCUUGUUUUCUGCAUCAUCUGUGUAUCUCUACAAGUCACUUACCAAAGCCUGAGGGGCCACUGGACUCUGCUGCCCAACGUCCUGGUUGUGGAGGUGGACGGCAGUUUAAGCCAGCAGUCCCUGAGCUGCCUGCAGAGGCCAGAGGACCCUCUGUGGAGACACAACCAGAGUCAAGAUAUCUUUUGGAAGAAAAAUGGAGUAAAGAAGAAUGAGACAGGGAACUCAUAUUUGGUGCAAUUAGUGGAAAGCUUUGGAGGGGGCAAUUACACCUGCCACAGCAAGGAUGGAUCGCUCCUCAAUCACACCGAGGUCCUGAUUCGGCACCCUGAAACCAGGAUUCUUGUCAAAAGUGACCAAGAUGAUUAUUUAAAGUGCUCGACUCAGAAUUACGACGGAGCGUUCGACUGCGCGUGGACCUGGGACAGCAUUCGUGUUGGCAGAGUAGCGUUCAUCAAAGUUGCACGUGUCGCUGAUCCCAGGAACACAGAGUGCUCUGUAGACAGCAGUAACCGGCGCUGGAUUUGCUCCUCAGCUCACAGUAACUUCAGCUGCUCGGUGCAUGAGGACGGGCGGGGGAUCUCCUGCCUGGACCAGCAGCACUGCCCCUACGCUGAGGAGAACCAGCAGAUCUCCGUCACCGUCUUCGUGAGGACCGACCACUAUCUGCUGGAGAGUUACUCUAAACUCUUUUUCUUGUCAGCGAUAGUGAAACCUGGCAAGGUGACGAUUGGUCGGGUCAACAAAACGGUGGUAGAGUGGAGUUACCCGAGUUCCUGGAGCACACCCCACUCCUACUUCCCCCUCACCUUCGAGGUCGCUCAAGUCAGGGCUCGAUGCAAAAACUGUGAGAACCCCUGCACCGCCUUAAAGCCUUCAAAGCCUCUGGGAAGUACAGACAUUUGUCGGUUAAAGGUGAAGCGCCACACAAAGGCUGUGUGCAUCAGAGCCAAGGAUGCGCUCUGCAACUCACAGUGGAGCGACUGGAGCCACGUCAGGUUAAGGAAAAACAGGAAGAACAAAAAGCUUCAAAAGAAAAAAUUGUCAUAACAGAAGAAAGGAAAUGCCAACACUGGACACUGAAUACGAUCGUACAUCAAUUCCUCUGUAUCUUAUCUAAAAACAUGAUGUUUGUAACUCAUUAUUUACUGAUAAGCAAACAUAUAAAAUCAAUGUGAAUACAGACACUAUUUAAUGGAUGACACGUCUGCUUUAUCUAUGCUUUUUGUUUAAAAAUAAUAGUUAUACUUUGCUCUAGACGUGCCUAGAAGUCAUUCAGGAUGCUGAAUGUUAAGUCUGUCUCGGACUUCUUGUAAAUGUUUUUUAUUUUGCUGUUGUGUGAUUUACAGAAAGGAUCAGAAAAA